UCGGUGGUUUGCAAACGGUCGCACGCUGGUCACUCUACGAGGAAGCCGCAGCCGUCACGGCGCUCUCACGACUCGAGCUGUCUCCCCCACAUUAGAUUCUCUACAGCCUUAUAGAACCUAUACAACGUCACUGCUUGGACUGGUCUCAUGUCUUCCGCUCGCCAUGGACACGACAACGCACCACCGAGCAGGGCCCUCGUCGUAAGUCGUAGCGUGCUUAGCGUCCGGGAUCAUGUAUGAGAUGUCCAAUAGGCCGGUACGGUGACUUUUUACCUCGUCGCAGCACUGUCGAUGGUUAUGGCCAACAAGUGGGUCCUCAACACCACGGAUGUUCCGCUAUUCUUCCUGGACAUGCAGCUCAUCAUUGCUGUUGUGCUCUUCCUCUUCGCGCACAUGUUCGGGAUGAUCCAACUGCCAUUACGUUGGGACUGGCAGAUCAUCAAGGGCCUCAUACCGACAGUGUCGCUCAGUUUAAUUGGAUUGAGUCUCAGCAACUACACCCUGAAGUACGUCGACGCGUCCUUCUACCAGGUCGCGCGUGGCAUGGUGCUCCCUUUCACCGUCGGCACGUCCUUCUUCCUCCUGCACGCCCGACCCUCCCUGCGCAUUUUGAUGGCCUGCUCCAUCGUCACCUCGGCUUCUUCCUCUAUGAUUACCGCGCUGCACUCUGUCGUGAUCAAGAAGUCCCUUGACGUCGUACACGGGAGCGCGCUCCACCUCUCGUGGUACACGAACUUGCUGAGCGUGAUUGCGCUGACUCCGGUCGUCGUGCUCGGCGGCGAGCUCCCCGGCGUGAUGAAGCUGUUAUUCGGUCCGGAGUCCACGCCGGGCCAGCUUUACACAUUCAUGCUGGGCUCUCUGAUUACGGUAAGCCAUGUCCUGCUCUCCUAUGUCGAACGGCCUCUUCGGCUUCUCAUGAGCAUCGCCAGUCUGCUCUCCAUCAAGGUCACCUCUCCUAUCACUCACAUGGUCUCGUCCGCGGUGCGCGGCGUCGCUGCCUCCCUUCUCGGCAUGUGGCUCUUCCACGAUAUCAUCACAACUGGCCGCGCAUCAUCCAUCGCGAUCAUUCUCCUCGGCUCGCUCUACUACACCUGGGUCAAGCACAGCGAGUCGCAACUAGCGCAGCAGAAGCCGUCGAAUGGUGUGUACGACCGCGUGCCCCUCGAGGACAUCGAGGCGGGAAAGCAGGGCAAGCCCGAGUAGGUGCCCGCUCCCGCGCCCUGGCGGCGAAAAGUAGUGCGUCAAUGACGAUCAUAUUGUUAUGUGCUCUCGACGUGUUAUGCGCGCUCGUUCCGGCUUAGUUAUAUAGACGGUGUCUGUAAUGAACUUCUGGGGGCGGACGGCGUUGUGGUGUGCGUGUUCAGUGAGUUCUCUGACAGGGCGGAGUCAUGGCGGAUGUGGGCUGGCUCUGUGGGUUGUCGGCGUCGCGGCUGUGUUCAUGGGUGCAUGCGAAGUCGCUCCUCUGCCACUGAGUGCGGGUCCUGCGCAGAGGGUCGGACGCGUUGUCGAUGCGAUCGAUACUCGCGUCCGGCCGCGCGAUGGCACAGUAGUAUCGCAGGCACGAACGCUCUGAAGGCUGUCCGGAUUCCAUAUCACCUACU